AUGACCACCGACGCUGGGCUGCGGCUGAGUGCUGUUCUCGUAGCCAUAGCCAAUAUUCUGGUGCCCUUGUCUAUUGUUACAUUUGGAGUCGGAUUCUUCCCUUAUAAACCGGUUCUUCCUGGCCUUGCAGAAUAUGAGCCACUGGAAUCUGGUGAGCCACCACGCGCGCCGUUUGACCGGCUGGUGUUCAUGGUGGUUGAUGCGCUUAGAAGUCUCAUUCGAAAGGGCGUGGCCAUGCCGUUUACUGCCAACGCUCGCUCGCCAACAGUAACCAUGCCGAGACUGAAGGCCAUCACCACUGGGUCAAUCCCGUCAUUUGUCGAUUUGAUUCUCAACUUUGAUGAGGCCGACACCUCAUCCACUCUUGCUGCCCAAGACACCUGGCUUGCCCAAAUUCGGGCCGCUGGCAAGGGCAAGCUGUUGAUGUUUGGCGAUGAUACUUGGCUCAAGCUGUUUCCUGAAAUCUUUGACCGCUAUGACGGCACGUCCAGCUUUUUUGUUUCGGAUUUCACAGAGGUAGAUAAUAAUGUUACCAGAAAUAUUGCGGGUGAGCUCGAGAACACGGAUUGGGGCCUCAUGGUACUGCAUUACUUAGGCUUGGAUCAUAUCGGCCACAAGUCCGGACCGCGAAGUAACAAUAUGCUCCCAAAACAACGCGAAAUGGAUAGUAUCGUAAAAUUGAUUUACGAGGCCUUGGAGUCGAAAGACCAUUUGAAAUCAACCUUGUUUGUACUCUGCGGUGAUCACGGAAUGAACGAUGCUGGGAAUCACGGCGCGUCAUCUCCCGGCGAGACUUCUCCAGCACUGGUGUUCAUGUCUCCAAAAUUCAAGGGUGUUCUACCCAAGUUGACGGCCCCAACGCAACCCAAGGAUGAGUUUGACUACUACACCACGGUAGAACAAUCUGACAUUACUCCCACAAUCGCUGCGUUGCUCGGCUUUCCAAUCUCCAAGAACAAUCUUGGUGCAUUCAUACCUGAAUUUCUGUCAUUUUGGCCCUCGCCAAAGGAUCAAAUACAGAUUCUGACCCGAAACGCGAAACAGAUACUUGGUAUUGUGACAGCCGUUUCUGGCAAGGAGCUGUUUGACCCGAAAACAGAUAGCAAGCCUUGUUCCCUCGAAGAUACCAACAUUAACACUUUGGCAUGCGAUUGGCACAGGCUAAGUAAAGAAGCUGAUUCAUUGCUCGGGUCUUCGACAUUGGACCAGGUCUGGCUUUCUGGCAUGGCCAAUUGGCUUCGCAAAGCUCAGGAUCUGAUGAGCAGCAUGGCCUCAAAUUACGACAUCCCCAAACUAGCCUUGGGCCAGGCACUUGCUCUGGUAGCCGUCGGAUGCAAUGUGUUGGCGAUGACACGCCUGGGAACUGCCAGUGUCGGGAACAUCUUGCCACUAGUUGUCGUGACUGUAUCGUACGGCGGGAUGAUGUUUGCAAGCAGCUACGUCGAGGAGGAGCAACAUUUUUGGUACUGGUCUUCUACUAUUUGGAUUGGGCACCUUGGCCUGGGCGCUAUUCGAAGAACUCAAGCUGCAUCCAGUGGCUUAAGGUAUUUGCUGGCAUUGGCCGUCAUUCGACUGGUGAGGAGCUGGAACCAAACAGGGCAAAAGUUUGCAGGGGAAGCAGACGUAGUCAAACUAUUUCUUGUACCCAAUCCGCCGCUUUUGUGGGCUUUGAUCAUCGCCUCCUAUUUUGUGGCAUCUCUUCAGCUCAUGUCCAGCAUUCACGACUUGCCAUACGUUGCAAUCACAUCAGUCACAUCUGUGCUGGUUUCCUCAGCCUUCACUUUCAAACUCGCCUUUACGGCCGAGGAUUCACCGGAACUCGUCACAGCCUUUGCCAAAAAGAUGAAUGAUGCGUUUCAUGGGCAGUCUUUGCUUUCGAGGGCCAGGGUCGUCUUUGCCGUCCUCUUGCUACUGUCCAGUUUCGCAGUCUACCAGGCGCGCAAGGGAGGCUCGAGGGCCACAUCAUCCGCUAAGAUGAUACACCACAUCUACGCCUUCCUGGCAAUGACUCAAUCCCGGGCGACAAACAUCCCGCUUCUCCUCCUCUCGAGCAUACUCCUGCACUUGCUAGACUUCAGUGAACUGACAGUGGCCGAAAUAACCACUACAUCAAUUUUGUUCCAGUACGCAUCCUUUUUUGCCUUUGGCGGAUCAAAUGCCAUCUCGUCUGUCGAUUUAUCGAGCGCCUAUAACGGCAUAAGUGGCUUCAAUGUCGUCGCCGUCGGCGCCCUCACAUUCGUCAGCAACUGGGCGGGUCCCAUCUUCUGGGCCAUAGCGACCAAUCUGCUACUCUUGGAGAAAUUCAGGCAGGGCCAGCGGCAUGUAUUUCGUCAUCACUUGGUUCUCCUGACCCUGUUUGCGACGGCUAGUGUUGCCUUUGUCAUGGCAGCUUGCACGGCCUUGCGAACGCACCUAUUCAUUUGGACUGUCUUCUCACCCAAAUAUCUGUACUGUAUGGCUUGGAAUCUGGCCCAGCACCUGGCCAUAAAUGUUGGCUUGGGUGGCCUUCUCUUUUCUCUCGGUGCGAGGUAG